UCUCUCUAUUUUCUACAAAAUUUAUUCCCUCUCAAAUAUACAAACCACAUUUCCCUAUUUAGUUUCUUUCAAUAUAUAUAAAUCCCAUCAACCCUUUUUCAUCCAAAAAACUCAUAAUUCACUUUGAAUUGUUUAUCCCAAUUUCCAAAUUUAAUUCUUUUUUCUUUCAGCAAAAAUGAUGUUUGAAAACAGUGAAUUUUUGAAUGAUUUUACCCUUCUUGAAUUCAUUAAACAACAUUUACUUGAAGACUGGGAAUCUCCUGUUACAAAUUGCCAAAGCAAAAACAUUGAGAACAAAUUAUUUCCUAAUUUCUUUUCUGAUACUUUUGAUAAUUUCGCAAUUAGCGAAAAUGACACUGCAAAUAUGUUUAUUUACAAUAAUGCCACUAUUGAGCAUUCAGCUGCUGCAGUCAAAAUCGAGCCUGAAUUUACUAAUUUCUUAGAAAAUGACAGAGAAAACAUGUAUAUUUACAACAAUGACAUUAACGAGCCGACACAAUCUGCGGUCAAAACAGAACCUGAAGUUAGCGUUAGUUCGCCGGAAAUGAGUAAUUUCACCGCAUUCACGGCUGCGCCGCCGCCGCCGAAAAAAGCAGAGCGUUACAGGGGAGUAAGGCAGAGGCCGUGGGGAAAAUUUGCGGCGGAAAUUAGGGAUCCAGCGAAGAACGGAGCUAGGGUUUGGUUAGGGACAUACGAGACGGCGGAGGAUGCGGCGUUGGCGUAUGACAAGGCGGCGUAUCGAAUUCGGGGAUCGCGUGCAGUGUUGAAUUUUCCGUUGAGGGUUAAUUCGGGUGAACCGGAACCGGUUCGGGUUGGUUCGAAGAGGUCGUCAAUUUCGCCGGAGAGUUCUUCCUCGUCGUCGUCGGAAAAUAUUUCGACGAAGAGGACGAAGAAGGUUGCCCAACUAUACAGCUGAGGGUUAAUUUGGGAAUUUCAAAAUUGUACAAUUCCAUGAACAGGUUGAGUUCAAUAUUUUAUUUCAUUUCCUCUCCUCGUAGAAAUUUGUUCUUCUCGGUAGGAUUGAGGAAUUUGUUCAAUGUAUUAAAUUUUUCGUUUAAAAUAACAUUUAUUACUCUCUUCAUCUCAA